GCACCAUUGCUCAGUUGACGGCUUGGCUUCCAUUAAGAAACAUCCUCUUCGUUUCAUUGCAUUUCAUUCAGCAAAUAAAAACACAUUGCGAAAAGCAAAAGUCAUUUUUAAUCAGUCCCAGCAGUUAAUAGUUUCCACAACCUUGUUACUCUCGUACUUGAUUGAUGAAGAUGCGCACGGUGGCAGUUGUUGGGGUGUUGUCGGCGUUGUGUGUGGCAAUUAUUAUUGCAGUAGUGGUCACUUCCGUUUCAGGUGCACCCGCGGCGCAGACUGGAGUUGUCGUAACCAAAGCCUACGUCCUUUUCAACAUCGGAGUGGACAAAAGCGGAAUUGUCGGGUCGCUCGACCUUAGUCAAGAUGAGCCAUCGUCCCCCGUCAAAAUUAACGGGACUCUCACAGGCCUUACGCCCAAGGGUCAGCAUGGCUUUCAUGUUCACGAGUCCGGAGAUAUCAGAGGAGGAUGUGCGUCUACCCGAGGUCACUUUAAUCCCAAAAUGUUAACGCACGGUGCUCCAGGAGAUGAGACUCGGCAUGUUGGAGAUUUGGGGAACAUCAUGGCAGACGACAAAGGGGUUGCCGUGAUCAACAUUACCGAUCGCAUGAUUUCUCUCACGGGUGACAAUUCGGUUCUCGGCAGAGCGUUUAUCGUUCACGAGAAGGAGGAUGAUUUGGGCAAGGGUGGAGACGAUGGUUCAAAAAAGACGGGAAAUGCGGGGGGACGACUGGCUUGCGGAAUAAUUGGAGUUGCAUAAUCCGUUCACCUGCAAACACUUCAGUAUUAAUUCAUACGAGUAUGAAAUAAAGAUACAAAAUUAUCAAACAGUUAAGGUGUUUUUGUCAAUUUUGGUUUGAUAAUUAAUUAUUCUAGCUAUUUUUUGAUUCUCAAUUCCUGAUAAGCAUAAUAUGUUGGGUAAUAAAUUAAAGUUGAAAAUAUA